UUUUUUUGUUUUGUUUUGUUUGUUUGUUUGUUUUUUAUGAAACUUAAAAAUGACUGAAAGUCUUGGUUUCAGACCAUUUAAGCGCGACUUACAUGUCCAAAUACAUUUGUAAACCACUGUAGCGGUUCAUUAGUGUUGGCCAAAUCAAUUAUCAAAGUACCUAUACGAGUGGCAUUUUAACUAUCAUGUACCUUGUUGGAUAAAUGUCAGUCUCAUUUUGAUGUUUUUCAGAGUCCAUUCACAUGCAAAAUGAUAAACCACUGGGUGAUUUUAGCCGUCUACAUCCUGACGUUUCUGAUCGGCCUUCCUGCCAAUCUACUGGCUAUUUGCACCUUCUUUAAGAAACUGGGUGACAAACCCAGUCCGAAUGACAUCCUGCUCUUCAACCUGACGGCUUCGGACUUGGUCUUCCUGCUCUUUCUGCCCUUCAAGAUGUACGAAGCCGCCGUUGGCAUGAAAUGGUAUUUAUCCCAGACCCUGUGCUCCAUUGCCUCCUAUUUCUUUUUCACCACCAUUUACACCAGCUCCCUGUUGCUCAUGGCUAUAGCCAUUGACCGCUACUUAGGGCUGGCGUUUCCAUUCAAGUACAGACUGUUGCGUAAGCCGCUUUACGCCGCAGCAGGAAGCGUCAUCAUCUGGCUGGUCAGCGCUGCCCAUUGCAGCAUCAUCUUCAUCACUGUCCACAUGCCAGAUCUGAACGCCACCCUUCCCAAAACGGUCUGCUAUGAAAACUUCACAGAGCAGCAAAAGAAGAUCUUGUUACCAGUCCGACUUGAAUUCUUUGUGGUUAUAUACAUGCUGCCGCUCUUAGUUUGUAUCUUCUGCUAUAUCAACUGCAUCUACAUCCUGUACAGCAGGCCUCAUAUAUCUAAAGAGAAAAAGCAAAGGGCCAUUGGCAUGGCGUUGUGCACGCUCACCAUCUUUUUACUCUGUUUUUUACCCUACAACUUGUCUCAUCUGGUGGGUUUCAGCAGCAACAACAGCCCGUCGUGGAGGUACUACACGCUCCUGCCCAGCACCCUCAACACCUGUCUGGAUCCGUUCGUCUUUUACUUCUCGUCCUCCACUUUCCGUGAAAGCAAAACUGUUUCUUUACUCAAGAAGUGGUGUUGUUUUACACAGAAGACUAAAAAGAGUGACACUGAACUUGUGAUUCUGGCAGAAUGA